AUGCGGUCUCUUAUAAAAUCGCACAAGGACUCUUCGUUGGGGCCGCGACCGAGACUUGGUGACACUGAUAGUGUUUCGCCGCCGCCGUCUCCAGGCCGCAAGCUGAAAAAUCCAAUCAAGAGUUUUUUGAAGCAUCGCAUGUCAAACACCAGCGUGGGACCCUCUGGCCAGGAUAAGUUUCGCACAAAACCCACGAACCUGAGUCUUUACAACUCGACCCACGCUGAGUUUAAUGACGUGCUCAAAAGCCCUACAAUCUUCGGCACAAAGACCCACGACUGGAGCGCAAACGGCAGUCCGCAAUCGUUGCUGCAUGGCUUUGAAAGACCCGAGCCAGACUCGGAUCCAGAGACCGACCGGGUUGCCAAGUCGAAACUCAACGAUGUGUACAAAAAGAGCUCGUCUGCGUCGCUCGAGGAGUCCACAAAGCCGAUCGGGCUCGAGAUCGACGGCAGCAAAGAAAGCCUGGAGUCUGUGGAAGAUUUCUCCAUUGUGGUGAUCAAACGCAAACAGGACCAGGACUCAGACACCAGCUCGUCCUCGUCGCACUUCUCGUUCGAGGCCCAGGGCAGAAACGCCUCGCUCAAGUACUACAAGUCGUACGACCAGCUCAAGUACGAGGAGAUGCGUGCGCAGCUGAAAGAUAACCAGGACGAGUUCAAGGAGUUCAUCAACGACAACGAGUCGUUGCACGACCUCCAGGAGGACAUGAACUACUACGAUGGCGACGAGGAAGACGACACGGAAGACCUGUUCAACCGGAAAAUGUUCUCCAGCGACGACGAGGACGAGUACCAGGACUUUGAUGUGGACGAGAAAGCCGACCGGCCGUUGACUGUUCAUGGAGAGUACCAUUUCCAGUCGGACCAGGAAACAACCGACACCAUAAGCCCACCGCUGGUGGCAGCAGAUCCACCGUCUUCAGAUAUCCAGGAGCUGGUCACGCGGUUCAGGUCCAACAGCAUCAAGUACCACCAAUUGCAGUCGCGCGACGACGACGACGAGCUCGACUUUCUGAACCACAGGUACUCGUGGUACGCGAACGACGAGACGGCCAAGGAGCAGCCGUUCAGCUCGAUGCUCGACGAGGUCAACGAGAUCCCCGAGGACUACGAGUUCGACGAGGAACAGGAAUCCCAGCUGGCAAGCCUGUCCACUACAACACAGGCGUACCUGCGGAAGCAGCGUCGCAAACAAUUAAAGUCAAACAUUACAUCAUAUCCAAGCGUUGCAUCGGACACGUCUGGCGACCGGAUCGAGACCAGCAGCAAAACAAUCACGUUUUUCAAGCCCAUUUCGCGGUCCAACAGUCUGGAGCAGCCGGUCGACGUCAGCGGCAGCGAGGACGUGACCGACGAGUACGACGACAGUGUCGACUUGGCAGAGCUCUCUAACCCGAUCCAGUUUCGCGGGUUCACUCGCAACGCAAACUCCCCACUGACAACCAUCAGCGAGGCCUCCUUCGAUAGCGGGCUGACUCGUUCCCCGCUGCGCUAG